AUGGAGGAAGAACGUCUCUGGAAGUUCUCGCGGCCUGAGUGGCUUAACACCGUCUGGGCCCGCAACGCUGGUGUUUACAGCGCUGGAGCUAUUUUCUCCGUCGCUUUCUACAUCAUGCUCGACUCCGCCGUCUGGUCCAAGUCUUCGCGCAACGGCUCCGACGUCCAUGUCAAGUUCGUUGACUGGCUGCCCUUUAUGUUCUCCAGCUUGGGCAUGCUUAUCAUCAACUCGGUCGAGAAGCAGCGCCUGAGCGCCGAUUCCUUCAGCUAUAGUGGAAAUGGGGUGGCAUGGAAGGCUCGCGUUGUUCUAUUCUUGGGCUUUGCAGCUCUAGCUGGUGGAAUGGCUGGUGGUGUUACUGUUUUCGUUCUCAAGUUUAUCGUCCCAAGUGUCUCAAUGCCUGCUUUGGGUAUGGGUAUUGAGAACGUGGUCAGCAACGCCCUUGUGGGCUUCAGUUCUGUGGUCCUCUGGGUCAGCCAGAACAUGGAGGACGAGUACUCAUACAACCUGUCCCUGUAA